AUGGAUUUCACAAUCCCUAGGAAUUGCUCGCAAGCAAUUGAGGAACAAUUAUUGAAAUUGAUAAAUGAGUUUCAAGAAGGGUACUUAACAGAGAAAGGUUAUAUCAAUAAACGAUUGGAACUUUUGCAGUCAAGUCCCUCCAGACAAGCAAGUACAUUGACUCCUAGAACCCCUCUUUCAAAAGUGACUACCGUGUUAAGUACUUCUACAUCUACAUCUACACCGAAUCCUUCUGAAAGUAAUGACUUUGAUUUAGCAUCUGGUGAAAUCACGUCCUUUCCUGAAGACAACAAUGAAAGUGUUAGCCAGGGAUUUACUUAUGAGAAUGACUACUAUUCGUAUCCAGAGCUGGUGCAACAGUCUCAGCAUGGAGCAGGUCUUCCCAAAGAGCUGCAGAAGCCUCUUGAUCCGAGAGACGUCGAUGAAACGUCAGAAAACGAAUUCAGCAAUUUGCCCAGCAUUCUCAGGCACCGAGGCUCAUUAUACAAAAAGGAACCAGCGAUUGUAAUCAUUGACGCUAAAGGAAAAGAGACGCAAUCGAUAUCAUGGGAAAGAUUGUAUCUUCGGGCAGAGAAAAUUGCUCAGAAAAUAAAAAACAAAGCUGCGCUGUAUCCAGGCGAUCGUGUUUGCUUGAUAUACCAAAACACUGAAAUAAUAGAUCUGGUGGUUGCCAUAUAUGCGUGCUUUUUCUCUGGUACAGUCGCUGUUCCUAUGAACAGUGGUCUCUCCGUCAGGGAACUCGUGAAGAUUAUGACUGACACACAGUCUCAUUUGUGUCUUAUGUCUGACUCGGUCUUCAAACACUUUGAAAGACAAUCGGCUGCUGCAAAAAAUAAUAUCUGGCCAAGGGGUAUGGAUAUCUGGAAGACCACAGAUAUGGGGUUAGCUUCAAAGGAUGAGGAGGCCCCUGCGAUGAAAAUAAGCGAUUUGGCAUACAUUGCAUAUGCUAAAAGCUCUUUUGGAGAACUUCGAGGAGUCGUCAUAUCUCAUAGAACUAUCAUGCAUCAAAUGAGAUCACUGCUUUCAAUGCUGAGUAGUGCCCCAAAUGCCGAAUCACCAGCAUUUGUUCGAUCAGAUGUGAAGUAUACAAGAUCCAAAGAUACCUUUUUGAGCACUUUAGAUGCUCGAGAAUCAGUUGGUCUUGUAUUCAGUGUUUUAUUUACAAUAUUCAGCGGGAACACUUUGAUUUGGAUGCCUCAAAGGCUAACUGAGGUAGCUGGUUUAUUGGCUCAUGUCAUCUCGAAGUAUAAGGUAUCCGUUAUGCUCUCAGACUAUUUGAGUUUGAAGCAAGUUGCCUAUAACUACCAAUCAUUUCCUCAAAUGACACGCACUUUCAACAAAAAAACCAAGGUUGAUGUGUCUUCUGUGAAAUGGUGCCUUAUUGAUACAGUAAUUGUUGAUUGCGAGUUUAACGACAUGCUUAUCAAUAGGUGGCUCAGACCUUUGGGACAUAAAUCUCCUAGGAAAGCUAUUGCACCCAUUUUAGCUCUAAAUGAACAUGGAGGGGCAAUUAUAUCUAUGAGAGACUGGAUUGGAAAAGAGGAGAACCUUGGGUGCACAUUCAACAAGCCAAUUACAGAUGAUCUUCCAAACGACGGAUACGAAGAUGAUGAAGGGAACACACAAAAUGAUAAACUGUCCGAACUGUUGAUUGAUAAAGCCUCUCUAACCUCCAAUACUGUGAAGGUCGUAAGCGACAACCCUCCACCAAUAUCCACGUUGAUGGACAACAGCGACUCCAAGAAGUUUGUCCGAGUGGGUGCUUUUGGCUACCCUCUUCCAGAUGCAACCCUGGCGAUUGUCAAUCCAGAGACGAAACUUUUAAGCGGACUGAUGGAAGUUGGAGAGAUCUGGGUUGAUUCUCAUUGCAUUUCCGGAGGAUUCUGGAGCCUUGCCGAAGCAACACAAGCAAUAUUUCAAGCCGAAUGCUCAGACUAUGAAGGAAUUUUGAACUUGAAAUUUGUUCGGACGGGGUUGCUUGGUUUCACUUAUAAUGGUAAGCUAUAUGUCCUGGGCCUUUAUGAGGAUCGAAUCAACCAGAAAGUCACCUGGUUUGACAAAUAUUUGCAACAGAAGAAAACAGAUGAGACUUCAGUUUCAAAGCUGAUACCUAACCAAUAUACCUAUCAUUAUGCUGGCCAUUUAGUCAAGGCAUUGGUCAGAAACAUCAAUGAAAUAUCGGAUUGCUCGUUUUUCAAUAUUCGAAUCAACAGAGAAUAUUUACCAGUUGCCAUAAUUGAAUCUCCUUCUGCAAGAUCACUACAAAACUCUUUACACAAUUCUGAGCGGCUCAACUACCCGUUGCUGGACGAAAUUGCGUCGAGAGCUUUUCAGGUUUUAGAACAGACCCAGAAUGUCAGGCUGUACUUUGUACUGAUAACGGCUCCAAAUGUCCUUUCGCGAACUCCACGAAGUGGAAGACCAGAAAUCGCGAACAUGCUAUGUAAGCGAAGACUUAUCGAAGGAAAGGUCCCCGCUGUCUACGUGAAGUUCAAUUUCUCGAAUUCAUUGAGCGCGAUUCCACAUGGUGACGAUAUACGAGGAGGUGUUUGGUCGCUCUACUCCUCGAACACUAGACUUGAAGCACUUGACUUCUCCGAACUUCAGUAUUCGGGUCUAGAUCUAAGGGAACAAUGUAUUGAUGACAGAACAAACAUGCAGCUUACUGAAUUCAAUUCAAUCCUCGAGAUAUUUAAACUGAGAGCUUUGAAACAAUCUGAUGAAAUGGCAUUCGGUACAAUCGAGCGACUCAAUGUCAAGGAAAGCAAAUCUUUAUCGUGGAAGAAAUUCGAGUCACGAGUUUUUGCUGUCUGUGCCUAUAUUCUUGAAAAAGAAAAUCUUAGAGCUGGGGAUCGUGUUCUUCUCAUAUACCCACUUUCGGAAGAAGUCAUUAUCUGUCUUUACGCAUGCUGGCUUGCCGGACUCGUGCCGAUAUUGCUUCCUCCUUUAGAUGUGACUAGAAUGGAUGAGGAUGCUUUCUCUCUUGUCGCGAUCGUCAAGGACUAUGACGCUCGUGCCAUAUUUGUGAACCAUGAAGUUGAAUCUCUUCUCAAAAACAAACCAAUUAGUCCAAAGCUGAAAACAUACUCAUCACAGUUGAAGGCAGCAAUACCGAAACUAAGGAACACCUCUAAACACACUAAAACGACUCUGGGUACAAAAUUGAUGUACAAGAAAAUGGAAGACUAUAAAUCAAGACCGAGGAAGAAAAGAUCAGAGUGCCUGAUUUGGAUUUCGUGGAAUUCAGAUCACCAAUAUACAGGAGCCAAGCUCACUCAUUCCAACUUACUUCGGAUGUGCAAAACAUUAAAGGAAACAUGCCAAAUAAGCAGUUUAAAGCCCCUACUUGCCUGUGUUAGGCAUUGUUCAGGAAUUGGAUUCUUACAAGCUGCGAUGUUAGGUAUUUAUGUUGGUACCACGACUUAUCUGAUAUCCCCUGUUGACUACUCUGUGAAUCCUGCUUCAUUUUUCCUGAGUCUUGCAAGAUAUAAAAUUGAGAAUGUCUUCAUCACCGAAAAAAUGAUGAAUCACGCGAUUACCAGGCCACCUCCAAAGAAGUGCGAUCUUUCAAUUUUGAAAAAUUUGAUGGUUGGGUGGGACGGUCGUCCAUCCAGCCUUCUGUUUAAGGAAUUUCUUAAACAUAUGCAAUCGACAGAUCUUUCACCAUUUUCGGUUUCAAAUGUUUAUCAACAUGAUCUGAAUCCAAUGAUUUCCUUACGGUCUUACUUAUCUUUUGUGCCAGUUGAUUUGUGGCUAGAUCCAUUGGCCCUCUCUCAAAGCUACAUUUCUCUUGUGAAUCCUAGCGAUUCGCCUAAUGCAAUUCAUUUGCAGGAUUCGGGAAUUGUUCCUGUUAAUACCCAAUUGGCUAUCGUUAACCCAGAAACUUCAAAAAUCUGUAAAGUGGGAGAGUGUGGUGAGAUUUGGGUUUGCUCAGAAUCAACUGUUUCAAGCGUUACGAAAUGUCAAAAUAGCACGUUUGAUAAUUUUAGGUUGAAAGCUAAAAUUGAGAAUUGGAACCAGGACCUCGAUUACUUGAGAACGGGCGAUUUGGGCUUCUUACACAAUGUGACUAAGACACUGGAAAAUGGAAACAUAAUCGAGGUGCAGUUACUUUUUGUUUUGGGUAAAAUUGAGGAAACUUUUGAAGUGUUGGGUAUGCAGUAUUUUGCACAGGAUAUCGAAACCUCGGUGAAUGAUCUUGUGAACUCCCUAUCAAGCUCUUCAAGCAAUCUCUCAAUUCGCAGCUGUGUUUUCAAAGCAGGAAAUUACAUUGUCUUGGUAUUAGAGGCUGGGCGUUCACCAAAUCUUAGCGCGCUUGUCCCGUUGAUUGUCAAUAAGAUAUUGAAUCAGUUUGGUCUGAUUAUUGACAUCGUCUCGUUUUAUGGUCCUGAGACACUUCCAAUAUCCAGACUAGGAGAAAUACAGCGAGGUACGUGUAUAAAGAACUGGCUUCAAGGGUCUCCAACUCCAUUGAAAUCUUUCGGUGUCAAUGAGGGAGAAGAAAAAAUGAACAAACUCAUUGAUCUAAUUGAGGAGACUACAAACACAUAA